GUGUCUCUAUGCUGUACUGGAGGGAAGGGCUCUGUUUUACCUUUGUUUCGUUUUUUUUUGUUUUUUUAUUUGGGAACAAGAAUAACACCCUGGCACCUGUAUUUUAAGAAGGUGGUGGACUUCUAAAAGAAACAACAAAAAUGGGUGAAACCUUCAGAUUUUUCCUAAAAAUCUGAUUUCUGGAAAUGGAUCCGGUUUUCUCGCAGAUUGAUAAAGAUGACAAGAUUUAUCCUCAUGAGCUCGACCAUGGGAAACUGAGGAUGAGAAAAAGGAUAUUCUGGAACAACCCGCUUCAACUCUCCUGGAUAAUGGAUGGUGAGCCUUUCACUUCCACCGUCCUACCAGCAGGGGAUGCUAUCCCCAACACAGGCAUGACCCUGGAGCAGAAGACUACAUUUGCCUUUGUCAUUUUGCUCUUCAUUAUCCUGGGGAUUCUCAUUGUCAGAUGCUUCCGGAUCCUGCUGGAUCCCUACAGGAGCAUGCCCACCUCCACCUGGGCUGACGGGCUGGACGGCUUGGAGAAAGGACAGUUCGAUUACACUUUGGCAUAACACCCAUGUGGCCUUUGACCAUGAAUGUCAAGCAGUCUAAAACUGACGAGACUGCUCUGCACUUUGCAAGACUUUGUUUACAUGAGGGUGGUAAACCAACGCCUUCUUCUAUAAACCCCUUUACCCAUCCUGGGAAGAGGCUUCGGACAGACAAUGAGAUGUGCUUUUUAGCAGUUGGAGGAUUGCUCUAACAGGGUUUUUUUUUCCUGCUUUUCUAACAAAUUACUUUUUUUUAAUGUUGCUUAAAGCUAUAUAGCUAUCAAAUCUGAUUCCACCUUCUAAGGCAUGAAGCAAAACGACGCCUUCUAAUAGGCUUUUCUUUGUUAAAUGUGUCCAGACUGUUAGCAACUUUUAUAUGAAUUUGUGGAAAAAUAUUAGCGAAAACAACCUUUAUAUUUUACUUUGCUCUUAUUACCUGUCUGUAUUUCAAAUGUAAAAUAUUAUUGCUUUUUGAAGUGACAUCAAAGUUUCACCAAGGCAGCAGCGCACUGUAUUAGGUUACUGUACUGUGAUUAACAAAGCUUGCUUUAUGACCUCACUACUGUUGAAUAUCUUGCUCAGAAUUGUGCUUGAAAUGCCUUGAAACUCACGUGUGGCUCUUUUCAUACUACUUGCUACUUACUGGAGCUAUGUUGAGUAGAAUGAUCUCAUUAGUGAAUGAAAAGGUAUGCAUGUACGCCGAGUAAGGUGCAACACUGACUAUAACAAGGGGAGUUAAAAAUAUGACGUUUUAGAUCAUUCCCGCAUGGAGCCUUUAGUUAUGAUGAGGUUUGUUAUAGUUGGUUUAGAGCCCGAUGGCAGCUGUCCACUAAGGAAAAAUUAAAAAGAAAUACAAAUUAAAAAGCUGCUGGGCUACUAACACAAUGAAAAAAAUUACCAAACUAGAUAGGCAAACGGAACAAAACAUCUGUGCAAUGACUGUAAGGCACAAAUGGGGGAAACAAUUUAAAAAAUAAAGGUAGAAAAUUAUAACACUGCAAAA